CAAAAGGUAUUUUUUUGCAAAUUCGAGUUGGACGAACGUUGAGCCUUGGCUUUUGAGGCCGCGCCUGUGCAAGUAGGCAGUUACGAAAGAUAGAUGAAGCUGUAAAAGUGCACCGGACAAAUGAGGCUGAAGGUUAAGCAGGGGUCGGCUCAGGUCCACUCCGAGCUGACCGGCGCAGUAGGAUGGAACGUAUGGAACGAGCUGUACAGCUGCAGCGAUGAUCAGAACAUACAUAAAUGGAACAUGCUUGGAGAGCCGGAGCAGAAGGUUUGCCAACUGGAUGCUUACUACACGGACAUACAUUGGUACCCACUAAGUUCGAAAAAGACCCAGGCCGGAGGGACCGAUGUCUUUGCAGUGGCUUGCACAGAUGGAUCAGUGAAGAUUAUAAGUCGUACAGGGCGUGUGGAGAAGUCAAUUGAAGCGCACCGGGGUGCGUGCAUCUCGCUGCGUUGGAGCUUUGACGGGACUGCAUUGGCGACCGCUGGUGAGGACGGGUCCGUCAAGAUAUGGUCCCGCAACGGAAUGCUCCGGUCAACGCUAGCCCAGGCAGACAGCCCCGUGUACUCCAUCGUUUGGGCAUACGACUGCGACCAGCUGUGUUAUUGCACGGGAUCGAACGUGGUCAUCAAGUCCCUCACAUCCAACGCCAAGCAGAACGCCUGGAAGGCCCACGACGGGGUCGUCCUUAAAGUUGACUGGAGUCCCAUUAACCACCUGAUUGUGUCGGGCGGAGAGGACUGCAAGUACAAGGUCUGGGACAGCUUCGGGCGGCUGCUGUACCAGAGCGGCAUCUUUGACUACCCGGUCACCUCCGUGUCUUGGAGCCCCAGCGGAGAGCAGUUCGCAGUGGGCUCCUUCAACAGCCUGCAGCUGUGUGACCGCAUGGGUUGGGCGUAUUCCAAGGUGCAUCUGAAGGACGCGGGGUCCAUCAUGUCCCUCAGCUGGACUGCUGACAGCACUCAGCUGGCGGGGGCGGGGGGCAGCGGGUCGGUGGUGUUUGGCCAGGUGGUGGAUCUGACAUUGGAGGAUGGCAAGAUGCAGGUGACGGUUGUUGACGAGCACCGCAUCGUGGUUAACGAUAUCCUUAACGAGAAUGCGGAUGAGCUGCCCGAGUUUAGGGACAGGGUCAUCAAGGUGUCGCUGGGCUAUGGCUACCUGAUUGUGGCGACCGCCACCCAGUGCCACGUCUACAACACCAACAACCUUAACACGCCGCACAUCUUUGACCUGAAGGACACGGUGACGCUGCUGCUGCAGAUCUACACGUACGAGGGCCGCCAGAUCUGCAACCCGCGUUUCCAGGGCCUCCGCACCGAGCUGCUGAACGCCGACAUGAUCAGCCUGUCGAACGACACGAUUGCGGUGCUGGACCAGCAGGCCUCCGGGACCACCGUCAGGUUCUUCGACACGGCGCAGGGCCGGCCCCUGGGUGAGCCGUGGUCCCACACGCUGGAGGUGAAGGAGAUUGCGCUGAGCCAGGCGGGCACCAUUGCCGACCGCCAGCUCAUCAUCAUUGACCGCAACCGGGACCUUUACCUGCUGCCGGUCAUGAAGCGCAACAUCGCCAAGCUGGCGGCCAUGUGCGACUCGGCGCGCUGGCACGACACCACGGCGAUGUUGGCGGCGAUGGUGGACCAGCGGCUGUGUGUGUGGUACUACCCCUCCGAGGUGUAUGUUGACAAGGAUCUGCUGACCAAAACACGCUACACCAAGGCCGACUCAGACUUUGGCAAGAGCGCGCAGAUCCAGCUGUUUGCCGGCAACCGCUGCCUGGUGCGCCGGUCCGACGGUGUGCUCGUGUCUGCCGCCACAUCGCCGUACCCCGCCGUACUGUACGACAUGGUACGGCGGCAGCAGUGGGAGAAGGCAACGCGGCUGUGUCGCUUUAUCAAGGACCCAACCAUGUGGGCCACGCUGGCGGCGAUGGCCAUGGCGGCCAAGGAGCUCAACACAGCGGAGGCAGCCUUUGCAGCCAUUGACGAGGUGGACAAGACGCACUUUGUGCGCAAGGUGAAGCUCAUCCCCACGGAGGAGGGCCGCAAUUCCGAGCUGGCGCUGUACCGCCAUCGACCCGAGGAGGCGGAGGCCGUCCUGUUGCAGGCGGGUCUGGUGUACCGGGCCAUCAAGCUUAAUAUCAAGCUCUUCAACUUUGAGCGCGCGCUGGACUUGGCAGUGCAGUAUAAGCAGCACCAGGACACAGUGUUGUGGUACCGGGCGCAGUUCCUGCGGGCCGCAAAGCAGCAGGAGACAGUUCCGCGAUUCAUGCAGAUGAACGAGUCGGUAAGAAAGCCGUGGAGGCGUGGGAUGCCGGGCGGUGGGGCGCAGGGUGAGGGAUCAAGACCAAAAGAAGGGAUAACUUUUGAGGUGAUGGAGUUCGAAGAGCAGGAAAGGAGAUUGCGGAUGGGGAUAUAAGCAGGCGACUAGGAGGCGCAAGAUCUCAAUGAAGGAAGAAACGGGGCAGGGACAAGAACUAAAUGCAAGCCGAAGGAUGCAUGGGCCGGAGGAUGCCGGUGUGGUUCCCCUCUGUUGGUGGACGCAAUGCAUCUAAUCGCAAUCCAUCCAUCCAUACCCCCGACCCCUUGGCCCGUCUUUAAUUCCCACGAAGGUGGUGGUUGACCCAGCGGCUGUCAAGAAGAAGAUCGCGGAUGAGCGAGUCAAGGAGUCACAGCGGCCUGGCGCCAAGCGAUACAUCUAAGCAGAGCUGGGAACGUGCGCACAGACGGACAGGCGGACAUGUAGACAUGGCCCAGAGGCGCAGCGGCAGCGGCGGGGUUGUCAUCAUCUUAUAAAAAGCUGUGUCCUUGUGCAUACUGCUCAACGGACCUGAAGAGGGACGAGGGGGAACGGGUGCGGGGUGACUCGAUCUUGGCUUAGCACACGCCCCUUCCCUUCGGACAGCUUUUCCCUUCCUCGUUUGAAGAGAACUUUUAUUUGAAAGGCAGCGGCUAAGUGACGGGAUGUCUUUCAUGAAGUUCGCUGGGUGAGGACAGGGCCUGCGUUGUAUGGCACAGCAGAGACAUUGCGUGGACCCCCCUUGCACGAUAUCCACCGCCAUCCUUGUACAUACACGAAUUGCGUCGCAGGUACAUAGCUGACAUGCCUGUAAAAUCAGGUGACCGAAUCCUCGCUUAGUGCUUCUUCUAAAUGCGCCUGCGCAUACGCUUUGCUAGUCGAAAAGUAGUGGUGGGGGGGAAGAUUGUAGGCGGGCUGUAAGAGAAGGGGUUCCAAUGGUGUGUGGCACGCGCGGUGAGGCUCGUCUUACGUGCGGAACGGUUUGUAUAGAAACGCAUGUACGGUGGGAAACCUUGAUUCCGUACGGCACCGGAAGACUCGGGUCCAGUGUGAACAAGACCUUUAUGUGAAUGAAAUUUUUGUUACACG